GACUAAAAGUUAAACCAAUGAUUCCAGUCCUUGCAGCUCUCCAGACGCAGGAGCUAGACAAGGAGCGUUGCGUAGCGUGGACCGGGGGAGCAAAUCGCGGCACACCACACGCGAUCGGUUUGCUGGAGCUCGAUCUUCCCUCCCCCUGUUCCCCUGCAGACUGAAGGAGGGACGAAAAGAUGUUUGGCUUCCACAAACCGAAGAUGUAUCGGAGUUUGGAGGGCUGCUGCAUUUGCAGGGCCAAGUCUUCGAGCUCCCGCUUCACCGACAGCAAGCGUUACGAAAAGGAUUUCCAGAACUGUUUUGGUCUGCAUGAAGCUCGCUCAGGAGACAUCUGCAAUGCAUGCGUGCUUCUGGUGAAAAGGUGGAAAAAGCUGCCAGCAGGAUCAAAAAAGAAUUGGAAUCAUGUCGUGGAUGCAAGGGCUGGACCGAGUCUUAAAACAACACUGAAGCCAAAGAAGAUGAAAACUCUACCUAGUAACAGGAUGAAGAGCAAUCAGAUUAGCAAACUGCAGAAAGAGUUAAAGAGACACAACUCGGAUGCCCACAGCACUACCUCAAGUGCCUCUCCAGCCCACUCGCCUUGCUAUAGCAACCAGUCUGAUGAUGGCUCAGACACUGAGACGGCACCGGGUUCAAGCCGUACACCUGUCUUCUCCUUCUUAGAUCUUACAUACUGGAAAAGGCAAAAGGUUUGCUGUGGAAUUAUUUACAAAGGCCGCUUUGGAGAAGUCCUCAUAGACACCCAUCUCUUCAAGCCCUGCUGUCGCAAUAAACAGCCUGCAGCCGAGAACCCUCCACCUCAAGUUCCUCAAUCCUCCACCAUCUCCAAUCAAGAAGAGUGGUGACUUCCGUAAGGAGGUACAGAGGAAGACAGACAGAACCUCUUCUUCCAUCUGUUGAAGUGGCCUUCCCUUUACUUUGGAGACCCGCUAUGCUGCCAAGAGACUUUUUUCCCCCUUGAACUGUCCGAAGAUUUUUUUUUUAACUGCAUCAAUUCUACUAAUUCAGAAUCUCUUAAUAUCUUUUCAGAAAAAGACUAAAUAAUAUUGGAUAUGGGCUAAACCACACAAUGAAGCUGAACGCUGCUGUGUGUCAUCCUUGUUCAGCCUUGUACCCACCCCAUUUGUCUCAGAGUGAACAACGGUGAGGCUGGUGACCUAUGUGUGGAAUGGGGGUGUCUGCAGGGCAUGGUCAAAAACGAGGGUGGCCACAACGGUGCAAUCAAAGCUCUGCCUCUUUUUAUGAGUAACCCGCAUAAAAAACAGAUGAGUCUUCAACUGCAUUAUUGUGGUUGCUGUCUUGACUCUUUUUAUCAUACCCUGCACACACCCCUGAUGUGGAGUAUAUAUUUCUGUCAGAAAAGCAGUGUUCUUGCUUGGCAUGAUAAAUUUUAGGUAGCCAUUUUUUUCUCUCUAUGUUGAAGGGAAAAAUAAUGAUGACUCUAAGGUAGUCUUCCCCCAACAUAGUAUCCUCCAACUAUUCUGCUCUUCCAAUUCUCAGUAUUUGGAACCUUUAUAUAGCUGGGAAUCCUGCUGGAGUUGGAAGGCUUGUAUUUCCAGAUAGCACCAUGUUGGUAUGGCAGAUCCAUGGCAUGAAUUUAGAUACUUAAGCUUGUAUAAGACUUCUCUACUAUGUAUAUGAUGUAAAGUUUGGGGAGUUCUUAAUUCUUACUACUGACGCUUCAGCAAUGAUAAAGAUGUUUCACUUGA